UCUUCGCGGUUGCCCUUAGAGACGCAGUAGGCCAGCCAGGGUGCUGGGAAGUGGAGCGCCACAGAUGGCUGCCCAGCAGGGGAUGGCCGAUUCGGCCCUGCGGGUCCUGGAAGAAGCUUUGGGCGUGGGCUUGACGACUUCCGGGGACACUGCGGACGCGGUGGCCGCUGAGGGCGCCUUCUACCUGGAGCAGGUCACUAUAACUGAAGCAUCUGAAGAUGAUUAUGAAUAUGAAGAGAUACCAGACGACAAUUUUAGCAUUCCAGAAGGUGAAGAAGAUUUGGCAAAAGCAAUUCAGAUGGUCCAAGAACAAGCUACAGAUACUCAAAUUUUGGAGCAGAAAACAGUCCUAUCUUCAAAGCCUGCAGCACCUGAAGCAAUAGAAGACUUUCUCUGCAAUUUCCUGAUCAAAAUGGGAAUGACCAGAACUCUUGACUGUUUUCAAUCUGAAUGGUAUGAGUUAAUGCAGAAGGGAAUAACUGAACUUAGAGAUGCUGGGAAUGUUCCAGAUGUCUACACUCAGAAUAUGCUUUUAGAAAAUGAGAACAAAAUUUUGAAGAAGGACUUGAAGCACUAUAAACAGGCAGCUGACAAGGCUAGAGAAGAUCUACUGAAAACUCAGAAAGAACGUGAUUUUCAUCGAAUGCACCACAAGCGAGUAGUCCAGGAGAAAAACAAAUUAAUUAAUGACCUCAAAGGGUUGAAGUUACAUUAUGCAUCUUAUGAACCAACUAUAAGAGUGCUGCAUGAGAAGCACCACGCUUUAUUGAAGCAGAAAAUGCUGACCUCCUUAGAAAGAGACAGAGCAAUCAGACAGAUUUCUGGACUUCAAGAAACAUUGAAGCAUAUGGAAAUAGGACAUGGUGUCUAUGCUCCUGAAUUAAGAGUUGUUCCUAAUUGUGAAAAGGAAAAUGCACCAGAAGGUCCUACUCAGAAAGGUCUCCGUGAAGCCAGAGAACAAAGCAAAUGUAAAAUAAAGAUGAAAGCUAAUACAAAGGCCUCCUUCAACAGAAGCCAAGAGGGUGCCUGUGAGCUCAGUGCAAGAUCAGCCCUCUGUCCAACUCCACACCUCCAUCAUCAGGAGUGGAGAGGGAACUCUAAAACUCGGAAUAAGAUCACACCUCCGCAGGACAUCACUGGCAGGAGACAACAGAGUGCCCAAGUGCUCAGAAUAAGACCACCCAUCUACCAGACUUCGUGCCUCUGUCAGCGGGAGCCAAAGGGGAGAAUCUGAGCAACACUUGUUUCUGGCCUCUUCUUCCCCAGUCUUUUUCUUCAGCACCCGUUUUAUUUUGUUCUUUUUAGUCUUCAUAAAGAGCCUAGAACGCCUAGUUCAUCAUUUAUUCCAGAACUCUAAUCCUCCUUGAGGCUCCUCAUGUCACUUUUUCUGACCCAAUCUCUUCUUCUCCUUUCCUGACUCCCGAAUCUUUUUCUCUGUCCUCUCUGGAACUCAGGAUCGUUGAUGAGCACAGUCCUCUGUAUUAUCAACUUCUACUGUGAAUGUUCCGUUCACUUUCUGUGCUAAUUAAAAUUUAGCUUUUCCCUGCUUAUAGUUCCUCCUGAUGUGAGGAAGUUUCUGGUAAAUGUUUAAUAAUCAGCUCUUUUGGGGGAAAAAGCCUUGAUUUGUAGUAUUUCUCAGUUUCUGUGCUAUGAAUACUUAUGCCAUAGCCAUUCAAACUACCGUCUUAUUUCACCAAAGGUGAAAUUGAGAAGAGAUGUCUGUAGUCAGCUCCUCUGAGACAGUUCUGGCAUACCAUGACCUAAAGCCGUCAGGGGUACUCCACACUGCUUCCACUCAACUGUAGUACUGGACUUAGAGGUCCCAUACUUGUCCCCUUUGCUCUCCGUGCUACUUUCACUCUCUUCUCCUACCUCAUUCAUGAGUCCACCUUGCCUUAAAUCUCACAUCAUCAGAUUAUCUCACUCAAUAGUAACUUUGUAUUUCAGGCACUUCUCAGAUAAUUUAUUAUUAUUAUUAUUUUUUUGGUUAAAAAAAUCACCAUGACAUCAUCACUUUUGUAAAAAUCAUUCCUGCCGUAAUUCUUAUUUAUAAAUUGAGUGGAUGAUCCUUCUAACACUCUGAACUUUUAGUUCCUCAGCAUCUUCUCAUUUAAGAGAUCCUGUUCUCCAUUCUCAGCCACUUGCUUCACUUUUGGCCUUGUUAUUACCAGUAACUCAUAAUUUUUCAUAUCCUCUGCUAUUUGCUCCUCAUAUUCCCAACCUCUUUGUUGAGGUGUUCUGGAGCGAAGUUCUGGGACAUCUUCUCUUUGGUGCUGUUACUCCCUAGAUCAUCUCACCCAGACUCAUAGCUUUAAAUUAAAUUACCUGUAUAUUAGUGACUCAUUAAUUUGUGCCUUCAGCUGAGAUCUCUUUUCUGUACUCUAGUUUAUAUAUCCAACUGCUUAUUUGUACCUUGCCAUUAGACAUUGGUUCCCCAUUAAAGCUCUAUCUCCUUCAAUAUCCUUAUCUUAAUUAAUAGAAACUCUGCCCUUCCAGUUCCCUAACCAAAAAUCUCUGGAGUUAUCUUUAAGUCAUUUAUCUUUUACACAUUUUGCAUCAGAUAUGAAAAGAAA